AUUCCUUGUUUAUAGUGUGAAAUAUUUCAUCUGAAAACUUUUCCAUGACUCACUUUACUGUUCAUACUUUUGCAGAGUGAGAUCAACAAACAAAAAGGAAGAUUAUUUAAAAGAUUUCUACUCAACAUUCAGCCAUGACAUGAAACGCACCAUAAAAUCUGAUAAAAACAAUGCAACUUUGAAAUCACAAAUUGCAAUAAUAGACGGACAAAUAAAAAAACUUCAAACAUAUCACAAGAAUCUUCAAACCCAGCACAAACAUCUGCAAAUCUUUAAGUUAAGUCUUCAACACAAAAUCAAUAGGACAGAAGUACAAACAUAUACACUAGUGAAAUUACAACAAAAAAUUAAGAAAGUUGAAUUGAAAAUGAUUGAUCUUUCGUCACAAAUGAAAAAACUUGAUGCCCAAAGGGCAACAUUACAAACGGAGUUAAAAAGUCUUGAAAAACAAUUGAAAACACUUUACAUGGUAAAUGAAGAACUUACAAAUAUUUCGGAAAAAGGAAAAGACUGCGCAGAUCUUUACAGAAAAAGUGUAAGACACAGUGGAAUAUACGAAGUAGAUCCUGAUGGUAAAGGAAACUUUAAGGUCUUCUGUGACAUGACGUCAUCAGGUGGUGGUUGGACUGUAAUUCAAAGACAAAUAAAAAAUGGAAAUACAGACUUUUAUCUGGGUUGGGCGGAGUAUAAACGUGGCUUUGGUAAUCUUAAAUCCGAAUUCUGGCUUGGAUUGGACAAGAUACAUCGACUAACAUCUGCAAGGAAAAAUAAACUUCGAAUUGAUCUUGUAAACACGUCAGGCACUAAAAAAUACGCUGAAUAUGACGAUUUUGUUGUAAGGGAUGAAAAUUAUAAGUAUCAAUUAAGUAUUGGAAAAUACACAGUUCAAGAACAAGACUACAGUGUUUGUGUAAUUAUCUAUUUAACCAUUGAAAGAUUUAAUUAA